AUGCCGCCCGUCUCGGCCUUCCAGGCCGCCUACAUCAGCAUCGAGGUGCUCAUCGCCCUGGUGUCCGUGCCGGGGAACGUGCUGGUGAUCUGGGCCGUGCGGGUGAACCAGGCGCUGCGGGACGCCACCUUCUACUUCAUCGCCUCGCUGGCGGUGGCUGACGUGGCCGUGGGCGCGCUGGUCAUCCCGCUCGCCAUCCUCAUCAACAUCGGGCCGCAGACCUCCUUCUACACCUGCCUCAUGGUCGCCUGCCCCGUGCUCAUCCUCACGCAGAGCUCCAUCCUGGCCCUGCUGGCCAUCGCCGUGGACCGCUACCUGCGCGUCAAGAUCCCGCUGCGGUACAAGACGGUGGUGACGCCCCGGAGGGCCGCGGUGGCCAUCGCCGGCUGCUGGCUCCUCUCGCUCGUGGUGGGCCUGACGCCCAUGUUCGGCUGGAACAACCUGGGCGCGGUGCAGCGGGCCUGGGCGGCCAACGGCAGCGCCGGGGAGCCGGUGAUCCGCUGCGAGUUCGAGAAGGUCAUCAGCAUGGAGUACAUGGUCUACUUCAACUUCUUCGUGUGGGUGCUGCCGCCGCUGCUGCUCAUGGCGCUCGUGUACCUGGAGGUGUUCUACCUGAUCCGCCGGCAGCUCAGCAAGAAGGUGUCGGCGUCCGCGGGCGACCCGCACAAGUACUACGGCAAGGAGCUGAGGAUCGCCAAGUCGCUGGCGCUCAUCCUGCUGCUCUUCGCGCUCAGCUGGCUGCCGCUGCACAUCCUCAACUGCAUCACCCUCUUCUGCCCGCGCUGCCACAAGCCCAGCCUGCUCACCUACAUCGCCAUCUUCCUCACGCACGGCAACUCGGCCAUGAACCCCAUCGUCUACGCCUUCCGCAUCCACAAGUUCCGGGCCACCUUCCUCAAGAUCUGGAACGACCACUUCCGCUGCCGCCGGGCCGCGCGCCCCGCGGACAAGGACCCCCCGGAGGAGCGGCCGGACGACUAGACCCGCUGCCGCCCGGGCCGCGGCCAGGGCCCUCCGCGCCCGCUCGCCCUGCCGCCUGGACUACGGUCUCCCCAGCUCGGCUGGGGUGGGGCCGUCCUUGCGGACAAACGGGGUGACCGAGGGAAGGAGGGAAGGGCCUGGAGCCACCCCCCCUGCCUGCCUGCCUGUUCCACGGGCAGCCCCUGCCUCAGGUCGAGGAGGCCAUCUCCGCGCCUGCGGGCGGGGGCGCUCUCGCCCCAGAGGCUGGGACCAUGCCGUCUGCCUGCCGGGGACCAGGCUUCAGGAGGGAGGGCACCCCUCUGCGAUGAGUGACGAAGAGAAGCCACACAUCCUGGCCUUGUUUUCUCUGGAGGAGCAGGGCCCGAGCCAGGGAGGGGCAGCCAUGGAGGAGCCUCAGUCCCUCCCUCCCUCCCACAGCCCCAGCCUCCCGGCCACGCUGGGUGCCACGGCGCCCGCCCCCUUGCCCUGAGCAGCCCAGGGCUAUCCUUGAGAGGGAGGCAAACAGAGCCAGUCCAGACAUCAUUUCCAGCAUCAGCUUUAUUCCCACCAGCCUUGGGAGCCUCAGCUUGGAGCUCAGCAGCCAGUGUGGAGUGGUGGUGUGGGCCGCACCCAGCCUGAAGGUGGCAGCACUGAGCGAGUGGCCUGUCCUCCGGGCUCUAGCCCAGCAGGCCCCCUGCUCCCAGGGAGCACCCUUCUCUGCUGCAUCUGGCCUGGUGGAGACAGUCAGCUCUGGAGAGCACUGUGCCCGCUGCUGAGGGUGGACAUGGUGACGGGCACUCCUGGGUGGGGGUAUGGCAGGCUGGAGCAGACAGAGGAGCCAGCCUCUGAGUGAGGAGGCGGGAAGGUCCUGCUGGCCUUUACCUGCCCCAGGACCCCUGGAAUCGUCCAGUUUUCAGGGGCGGUGGGCUCUGUUCCAGAGCCUGGGAUUCCAGGGUUUCUGGGGGACUCCCUCUCACACACCCCCCCCCCCCCCCAGCCCAGAGCCGGGUGCAGAGGGUGGAGGGGCAGGAUUCUGUGCGCGUAGCGACUCCAGGCCUCAGUUCCGGCCUCGCCUCUCUCAGAGGUGCUGUGCUCUGCUCCCGGGGGCACCUGACGAAUAAAGACUGUGAACCUGCACGGAGAGCCACUGCUAGGCGCCCGCCGCCACGCCGAGGGCGCCAACAGCCUCAGGAGAGGACCCCGUGGGGCAGUCAGGGUGUGGGAGUCGGGAAGUGUGGAGGCCCUCGGUUCCAGCGAGGGGGGUGUGCUCACAGCUCUUAUCUGGGCCUGGCAAGCCCUGACCGUGAGAGCCAGAUCCUCAAACGUCUCACGUCAAGAAGGCCCCCCCUCCCCAACUCCCGCGUCCUCUCCUGCCAGACCUUCCAUGUGGAGACCCCUAAUGGUGACACAUCCCCCACUGUCCCCCACGAGAUGAUCAUCAGUCACAGAGGCCCCGACAGCACACGUGCACCUUUAUUUGGGGUUUCUGCCCGGCAUGUAAAGCCUUGCUGGGCACAGCCGUCUUGGCACCGUCCUGGGUCCUGGUGCCCAGCCAUCCUAUCCCGGGGCCUGCCAGGCCAGCCCGCUCCUGGGCGCCAGGCUGCAGCCUCGGGGGAGGGAGGUGAGGCUGGGCCAGGGGGCAGCGCUGUCGUCGUCACAGCAGAGAGGGGUCUGGAGACUCCUGGCGCCGGAUACGGGCCUGGCGGCCCUGACCCCUCAGGCCCACAGCACCUGGCAGAGGACAUGCCCCAUGACCCUGGUCUGGGCACUGUGGCUGAGGGUUGAAGAGUGCAGG